UCCCGUCAGGCAUUGCGGCUGGGUUCUCCCACCUUGACCAUCGGAUCCGAGAGAGGUCGGGGGAGAGAACAGCAAUGGCGGCCGGUUAGCUCUAUACAAAACACCAAGUCCCCAAUCAGCCGCGCGCACCACAUCGCUCCGAGGAAAGCCAGUUUUACACAACACAGCGGAGCCAGCGAGACAGGGACGGAGCUGAGACACGGGCUUUAGGGGGCGGGGAUCCCUCCGCGGAUCGUUGCUGCCUGUGGAGACUUUCCUUCUACUUAAAAAAAAAAAUUAUGGACGAACACCCCGGCGGAGGAGGGGUCGGAACGAGUGCCCCACGACAGCCUCCGCCACCGCAGCAGCAGGGGAAUAACAGUAGUGCUAAUCCGCCAAUUGGAGGCGGUGGUGGCGGAGCAGUCAUGGUACCACACCAGCCCGAUGAGCUACCUCGGCCGCAGCAGCAGUACACAAUCCCCGGCAUCCUGCACUACAUCCAGCAUGAGUGGGCCCGGUUCGAGAUGGAGAGGGCGCACUGGGAAGUGGAGAGGGCCGAGCUUCAGGCGAGGAUAGCCUUCUUGCAGGGGGAGAGGAAGGGCCAGGAAAACCUGAAGCAUGACCUGGUUAGAAGAAUAAAAAUGUUAGAAUAUGCAUUAAAGCAGGAAAGAGCAAAAUACCACAAGUUAAAAUAUGGAACAGAGCUAAACCAAGGAGAAAUGAAGAUGCCAAGUUUUGAAUCAGACACCAAAGAUUCAGAGGUCUCUGCUGUUCAUGCCAACAGUCAGCUCACCUGGAAACAAGGAAGACAGCUGCUCAGACAGUACCUACAGGAAGUCGGAUACACAGACACCAUCCUGGACGUUCGUACUCAGAGGGUUCGCUCUCUGCUUGGCCUGUCGGGCUCAGAGCAGAAUGGAUCUGUGGAGAACAAGAACCUGCAGCACCUGAUCAAUGGGACCGAGCGCCGCAAGGACAAAAGGAGUCCAGGUGAUGUUCUGGAGACUUUUAACUUUCUGGAAAACACAGAAGACAGCGAUGAAGACGAUGAUGAGGAGGGGGACCUGAUGGAUGACAUCACCACUGACAAACAUCACAGAGCCAAGAAACAUAAGACCAAGGUGGGAAACGAGGGCUUAGCGUCAGAGGAUGAUGCCGACACAGAGGAGGCUCUAAAGGAGUUUGACUUCUUGGUGACGGCUGAGGAUGGAGAAGGGGCGGGUGAGGCUCGGAGCUCCGGAGACGGGACAGAAUGGGCGGAGCCUCUACCAUUUCCUACUGGCGGGGGGAAGUCCUUCUUACUUGGGGGGUCAGAUGAUGUGUUGGAGAGCGUGCUGGGACUGGGUGACCUUGCCGACCUCACAGUCACCAACGAUGAAACAGACUAUGGCUAUGAUCUGCCGUCCAGUAAGGAGUCUUCGUUCAGGAAGACAUGGAACCCCAAGUACACGCUAAGGAGCCACUUCGAUGGUGUCCGAGCACUGGACUUUCACCCCGUUGAGCCCUGCCUGGUCACCGUGUCCGAGGAUCACACCCUUAAACUGUGGAACCUCACCAAGACUGUCCCUGCCAAAAAAAGUGCCUCUUUCGAUGUGGAACCGAUCUACACAUUCAGAGCCCAUGUUGGACCAGUGUUGUCAUUGGCGAUGACCUCCAGUGGUGAACAGUGUUUUAGUGGUGGUCUUGACGCAACCAUCCAGUGGUGGAACAUCCCCAGCUCAAAUGUUGAUCCCUACGACACUUAUGAUCCAAGCGUCCUGGCAGGUUCCUGGUUAGGACACACGGACGCUGUGUGGGGAUUGGCAUACAGCGGUAUCAAAAACCGCCUCCUGUCCUGCUCGGCCGACGGAACAGUGAAGCUGUGGAACCCAACAGAGAAAAACCCCUGCAUUAGCACUUUCAAUACAAACCAUGAGCAUGGGAUCCCCACAUCAGUGGACUUCAAUGGUUGUGACCCUGCUCACAUGGUGGCAUCCUUUAAUAGCGGAGACGUGGUUGUGUAUGACCUGGAAACUUCCCAGCAAGCACUUUUGCUCAAAGGACAGGGAGAUGGCACUCUGUCGGGGUCAAAUCAUAUAAAUAAGGUGGUGAGUCAUCCCACGCUUCCAGUAACCAUCACUGCUCAUGAAGAUCGACACAUCAAAUUCUUUGAUAACAAGUCAGGUAAAGUGAUUCAUGCCAUGGUGGCUCAUCUGGAUGCAGUGACCAGCCUGGCCGUGGAUCCCAACGGCAUCUACCUGAUGUCUGGCAGUCACGACUGCUCUCUGCGUCUGUGGAACCUAGACAGUAAAACGUGUGUUCAAGAGAUCACAGCUCAUCGUAAGAAGAGCGAGGAGGCCAUCUACGACGUGGCCUUCCACCCCUCCAAGGCCUACAUUGCCUCCGCUGGAGCCGACGCCCUUGCCAGAGUCUACGUAUAGACGAGGAAGAGAAGAUUUAAACAACAGAAAAAAGAAAACAAAAAAGAGGAGAUGACCUCGAGGUGAGGGAUACAGAGACAGACAAAGAGAGAGAGGGGCUAGUCUGUACACAAACAGGAUUCAGGUCUGUUCAGGUCUCUGAACACAGAAUAUAUAUUAAUAUGAAAGACUGGAGAAUCUCCAACGGACAACUGAACAAACACACACAGGUUUCUUACACAAAUUUUUAAGUUAAGAGGUGAAGUGGUGUGAUCUCCCUACAGCUAAGAGACAGCAGAAACGUGUUUAAUGAUCAACUUGGAGCAGCUUGCCUGAAACCCAUCUGGCCCCUCACAAAUCCCUGAGGUAGCUUUGACACUACAUGCCUGUCUCUAUUCACUAACACUACUGUGACUCCUGAUCCCAGACAGAAGAGCUGGAGCUGAGGGCAGACGUAAAGGAAAAAUCCCCCCAAAAUUAGACCUGGUCAGAGCUGGCCAAGGAAAGCAGCCUGACAUCUAGAUGAGUUAACCCAUCGCUCUUUUAUUUCUUACUGUUGUCAUUUAGCAUCGUAAUACGGCGGUCAAAUGUAGCACAUUAAACUGUGGAAUCGUAGCACUACAGUCUACAUGUUGUGGGGACAUUUUUGCACCUUUCCCCUGUUUCUCUUUCUGUCCCACUGGACUCAAUGCUGAGUCAAUGCUAAAUGUUCAGGCAUGUCUGAGUGGAGACAGUUACAACUUGAAAAAUGGCCCUCGUGAGAAGUUGCCUGGAAUCUGUAUUGAAUUCACCCCCAUUUGGCUAAUUUUUCUCCAAUAACUCUAAAGAACUCUACUUUCAAGGCAGUUCAGAGCAGGCUUGCAGUCCCGAACAGUUAUAAUUGGCUGCCAGUGUUUUCUCUAUGUUUGUUAUACAUUAUAAAAGCUCUAUUACUCCCCAGGUGUUGAAGCUUCAGUGGCAUAUGAAACCAAAUCUAAGCACAACUGUAGUGCAUUAAGCAGUCUGCUCUCCCAGUCUGACACUUCACAUGAGGUGAUACAGCUAGAAAUGUCCAAGAGUGGAGCAUUCUAAUGAGUCUCCAAAGUCUGCACUUUCUCCUACUGUAAUCCAUUUAGUAGAGCUAACCACUAGUUGAACUAGCAAAAAUAUAGAGUAGCAAAGAAUUCGAGUUGAGUACAGUUUUGUACUGGCUCUCGCCUGCCUCAGGAGAGAGCAUAUGUAAAACAUCCUCUCAUUACACUGAUCUCCUGUCCAGACAAAACAGUCUGAAGAAACAACAACAUGUCCCUGAUUGGCUGGAUUCAUGUGAAAGAAAACUGAAAAGCAACAAGCAAACAUCUGACCCAGGUUUCUGAAUGCGGCCAGCUACCUGCACAGAAACAAAAAAUUGAACUAUGUCAUAGACUAUCAUCAAUCUUUAAAUGCCGAAACACUGAAAAGUAGCAGCUAUUUAAGUUGAUUUUAGACGUUUGGCCUGUUCAAAAUGAUUUCCAAGUUGCAAAAAUACCUAGUAAUCAAGUGUUUUGUGUGUAGUCUAAUUCAUAUGUGCAUGAGUUUAAAGUGCAUUUUAAUUAGCUGCUCAAAAAACAUUUGCCGAUUUAUAAUCAUACAACAUCUAAGCUGUUCCACUGGUGGACAUUAUUCGAGAUGCCCGUGUCCCAACACAGGAAGCUGUAAGCUGUUCUAUGUAUCAUCCAUAGUAUGAUCAGAAUAGGGGUACUUGUGUCCAUGGAAACACUCCUCCUGUCACAACAAUUUCAGCAUCUGUUUAGUGACAGUGAAAUCAUA